GCUGACCUGCAUUUCAUCCAAUCUGGUUGUGUUCCCCUGGCCCUCCAGUUUGGGAGGCUGGGAAGACUUGGAAGGGGGUGUGGGGAGCUGGACAAAGAGGUGGGGUGAGAAGGGCCAAGCAGAGCCUUUCAGAGGUACAGUGAUGAGACUACUAGAGAAAUGGAACCUGCUUUGAGGGUUAGGGUAAGGUAAGGCAACUAACCAAAUAGCUGUGGUUAGUAUCCUGGCUCUGCCAUUUAUUUGCUGUGUGGCCUUGGACAAGCACACUAACCUCUCUGAACCUCAGUUUCUCAGCUGUCAAGUGGAAAAAUAUCACUCUCACGGGGGUAUUGUGAAGACGAAUGAAACAGGAUGUUGGGUGCAAAGCUUCUGUAGAUGGGAAUUGUGAUGAGGAAGUACAAAUGCGGUAGUAAGUGACGAAUUGUGUACUCCAUAAAAGGAUCUGCCAGGUGGGCUGAAUGACAAGUUCAGAACAAGUGGGAGAUGAAGAGGAGUGCAUGUUUGACUUUUCAUAGCAGAUUGUUUUGCUAUUACAUAGACAGAACUAAAGUCUCUGAUUGGGUUUUUGCUUAAGACUGUGGGUCAGGAGCUGCUCUCCCUGGAGCCGGGCAGCUGUUUCUUGUGAAGACUUGGCACAUCUAGGGCCCAGAGGGGCCUGGACAACCUUGGUGGCUGGGCUCAGGCUGGCCUGGACAAGCUUCAUGCCUUAAGAAGAAAUGUCUCCCUCAAGAAGACACCCACCUCAGACUGGCUCAAGAGGCUCAUCCUCUCGGGCUGGCUGUUCAUCCGCGGCUCAAACCCAAGCCUGUUGCACCCUGGUCCUGUGUAUUGAGCCAGGCCUCAGGGGUGGAACCUACUGACCACCUUGCUUUUUCUCCUUGGCUUCUUCUGAGGUUUUCCCAGAAAACACAGCCGACUCGGGGGAGGUCUGGGAAAAAUCUCCCUGGCUUUGCUGGGGUAGGUGGGGGCCGAGCCACUGCUAAUGAAAAACUUUGGCGAUUCAGUAGAUUGGUCUAGACGCUCUUGACGUGGUGUGGAGAGGGUUUGUGCAAACAUUUCCUCUCUGCACGAAGAGGAAUGCAAAAGGAGGCUGCCUGUGGUACAUCCUGGACUGUUGGACAAAUGUGCCCGCACUUGUGAAAGUGCAGCGAGGAAGCCGAGGCUGGUGCGGAGCAGGGCAGGGCCUGGGGUCUUUGCAGCCCAGGGGCCAGUCCUCUCCCCUCCCGCGGGAUGUGCUCUCUCCAGUCCGCUGCUCAGCCCUUCCUCGCUCUGCUGCUUCUGGUUUCCAUCAAACAAAUUUCAGGAUCUCUCCUUCAGGAGACAACUCAAAAGUGGGCUCAGUAUAAAGAGAAGUGCCUGAGAGACUUACUCAAAAAACCUUCUGGCAUAUUUUGUAAUGGAACCUUUGAUCAGUAUGUAUGCUGGCCUCAUUCUUCUCCAGGAAAUGUCUCCGUUCCCUGCCCGUCAUACUUACCUUGGUGGCGUGAAGAGGACUCAGGAAGGGCCUACCGACACUGCUCGGAUCAGGGCACUUGGCAGACGCUGGAGAACUCCACAGGUAUUUGGCAGGAUGACUCCGAAUGCGCUGAGAACCACAGCUUCAAAGAAAAUGUGAAACACCGUGGCUUGCUGUCAACCUUGCAGCUGCUGUAUACUGUGGGGUAUUCACUCUCCAUUGUCGCCCUCCUCCUGGCUCUCACCGUCCUUCUGUGUCUUAGAAAACUCCACUGCACACGCUACUACAUCCACAUGAACUUGUUUGCCUCUUUUAUCCUGCGAGGCGUGGCUGUGCUGGUGAAGGACGUCAUCUUCUACAACUCUUACUCUAAGAGGCCCAACAGCGAGAAGGAGUGGAUGUCCUAUGUGUCAGAGAUCUCCACCUCCUGCCGCUCCGCCCAGGUCCUCCUGCACUACUUCGUGGGGGCCAAUUACUCCUGGUUUCUGGUGGAAGGCUUGUACCUCCACACGCUGCUGGAGCCCACAGUGCUUUCUGGAAGGCGGCUGUGGCCCAGAUACCUGCUGGUGGGUUGGGCCUUCCCACUGCUGUUUGUUGUGCCCUGGAGUGUGGCCCGUGCACAGCUGGAGAACACAGGGUGCUGGGGAACGAACAAUAAUAAGCCAAUCUGGUGGAUCAUCCGAGGACCCAUGCUCCUCUGUGUAGCAGUCAACUUCUUUUUCUUCCUGAAAAUUAUCAAGCUUCUCAUCUCUAAGCUCAAAGCCCACCAAAUGUGCUUCAGAGAUUAUAAAUACAGGUUGGCAAAAUCAACAUUGGUUCUCAUUCCUUUAUUGGGUGUUCAUGAGGUUAUCUUCUCUUUUAUCUCUGAUGAUCAAGUUCAAGGAUUUUCAAGACUUAUACGACUCUUCAUUCAGUUGACUCUGAGCUCCUUCCAUGGGCUGCUUGUGGCCUUGCAGUAUUGUUUUGCCAAUGGAGAGGUGAAGGCCGAGCUGCGGAAGUCCUGGGUACGCUUCCUGCUAGCCCACCACUCGGGCUGCAGAGCCUGGGUCCUAGAGAAGAAUUUCCGGUUCCUGAGGAAUUGUCCCAAGAAGUUCUCCAAGGGAGACAGUGCCAGGGCCCUGCAGAGGCCGCCGUGUUUGCCUGGCAGCGGGCAGCUCCUGCAGCUGACUGCACAGGGCCUGGGGGAGCCAGGCACCAGGUCCCAACGGGGCCAUGCAGCCUGGUCCUAUGGCUGCAGCCUGUCCGAGAGCAGUGAGGGAGACUUCUCUCUGGCCCACACCAUGGAGGAGAUUCUGGAGGAGAGUGAGACCUAGGCAGGCAGCUGGGCUCUGGCUCUGCCCACUGGGGACUCCUGAGUUGGGUGGCAGAGGAGGCAGCCAAGCCAGAUGGGUAUUGUGGGGCACACUCAUUACACUCCUCUUGCACUCAGUCCACUUUGCUCUCCUUGAGGUUGCAUAAACGCUCACCCCUUCUGCCUGCCCUUGUCAUCCUAAUAACCCCACUGGUGUUUUCCAGAAUGACCACCAGCCUCUGGGGCUGGCCCUAAAUUCAAGUGAAUGGAGCCCCAAGAUACAGAGAGAUGUCUGCUAUAAAAUAGGGCAUGUGGCAUCUCUUUCUUUACCUGGUGGCACAAGGUUUCCAUGUGGGGCUGUGUGCAGGGUGUAGAAGGACCACCUGGGAAGGGUUUUACCUGCAUAGUCUGGCUCCUGGCAGAGUAUGGAACAGUGUGUCUGGAAGGAUGGUCGGGGGUGGCAGUUGGGUAAAGAGCUUCCCAGGUAGUUCUGAUGCAAGCCCAAGUGUGUAGAGCUAGAACCCCGCCUAGAUGGCCAAUGGUGGGCCAAGCCAGUGGUGCUCUGAAUUCAGAAGUCUGGCAGUGAUGUGCCUGCUGUCCUCAGACAGAGUGGCACCCCCACUGCCCACAGAACCUGAUUCCUCUCCUUCUUCUCCCCUCCUCCUCUCCUAAGUCUUUCCUUCCUCUCUCCAUCUCGUCUCCAGCAGAAGUUCUGUCUUACUUGUAACAGCCCCCUCCUUCCUCUCAGGUUUGAUCCCGGACCCGAGGGCCCCUCUGAGAGGCCCCCAUUGGUCCUUUCCUACUCUUGUUGGCUCUGCCUGCCUUUUUCAGCUUGGCUUCCUUGAGCCUUGCUUGCCCUCCCCUUCUCUGCCAUUUUUGGUUUGCCACUGACACAUUGGUGCUCCAGGAGGUUUGCCACUGCUCUCCCUGCCCCUAGUGCCCACUGACAGGAAUUGCACUCCCCGUGUGGAAAUGGAUGCUGAAAGCUGGAGGGGUCAGGUGA